GACAAAAAGGGUGUGCCCUCUCUCACCCCUAUCAUUGAGCUCGACCAAAGCAUCAAGAAAGGAAGAGGAAAAGCUCCCAAGACCACCUCCAUUGUUGCAGCACGAGCUCAAGGGGUUUUGGUCCAAAGAAGGAGGUUUGAGAAGGAAAAAGUUAGGAAAAAGUGUGAAAAUUAAGGUUGAAGCUAGGGCUUGCUACCUGCACCUUUCUACGGGUGACAUCAAAUCAAGGAAGACGUGGUUCGUGCUUCCUCAUUUUAUUUCAAAGUACCAAACAUUGCUCAUGGAUAUUUUUAUUUGUUAUAAACCAUUUUUGGGCUUGCAUGCUCAUGUUAUUGGCCGGUUGUGGCUUAUGACUUACCGUUGAAUAUUUCCGCUAUUCAUUGGUUUAAAUGUGAUGUUGUUAUGUAUGUUUACUACUGAGUAUGGAUGGAUUGUUUUUCUCAAAC